AUGACUGACAAAGCAGAUCAUCACUCUGCUGCCAACUCUCUUCCUCAUGAAGAACAAAGCCCUCUUACCAAAGUUGGUAUUCCCUCUUCUGUUCUGAGUGAACAGACACAUCUCACAGAAAUUGGUGACAUUUCUCCUCUCUUUGGAUCCACUGCUCUUUCCAUUGAUAGUGAUAUUGAAAUGAUAUACACCAGUCUUGAUUCCUUGCCACCUCUUUCAGUUGUUGGUUCUGUCCCUCCUACUCCUGUGCCUACUGUCCCAUCAGCCAUUAAUAGCAACACUAGUAGUUCCAUCACUUUGGAAAUGUUGUUAGCUUCUGCAAAGAAAGACCUUAGCAUAAAGAAGAACAACAUUUAUGUGGCUUAUGCUAACUAUGUGGCUCUUUCAGAGGUCAACCCCAUGUCAGAUGCGGCCAGACAUGCUUCUUUCAUUAAGAGAGAAGCUCAAGAAUUGUUUGAGAAUGCCCAGAAGACCCUCAAGGUGCUUGAAAAAGCUAACGCCCCUCCUGCUAUUCUUGAAGACAAGAAGAGCAUGGUAAUCCCUAGCAACUUACCUUUCUUGCAGCUCUGCACGGAAACCAGGAUGAAGCAAAAUCUCUCAUUCCCUGUCCUUGGACUCAUGCUGGGAGCGUCUGCUUCCCAUAUGCCUGAACAAGGAGGAAAUAUCCUGAAGAAGGCAGAAGGGAUUCUGCUGGAUCACUAUGAUACUCCUUUCAGAAGAUUUCUGAACAUGGGUCACGUGUGGAAAAUGAUGCAGAAGAAAUGUGAGUCAAACUUGCACCUGGAAGUCUGGGAAGGAAGCCUGAUCUCAUUGUCGGCCAACUAUGGCACCAAACUGCCCUCCAAAGUGGAGGAUAUAAUCUCAUUAGUCAGUGUAGCUACUAGCAAUUCCACGGCCCUACUCAACCAACCUGCGGAGUCUGGCACCCCUGCUAAAUGGAAGUUAUUUGCCAAUGCCCAUAGUAUCUUCUCUUUGAUAAGCCACAAGGGAAAGAACAGAGCUAUUGCCAGAGACAACGAUCCUAAGUGUUGUGGGGAGAAAAUAAAGCAAAAUAUAAUAUAG